CCGCCGUGAGAGGAAGUUAGUUGAUACGUGCCAGCAGCAGAUCGCUGCUUGAUAUCAAUCGAUGACCUUUACUCCGAAGUCGACCCCUCCAUCAACCAGCCUGAAUGUUUGUUUCACUCGUACCACCACACCUACAGUGCCGCCUGCGUGCGGCUGUCCGCGCGGUACUUUACUGCGCGAUCGGCUUGGCCAUUUGCGUUGGCUCGGUUGCUGCUGCUGAUGACGAUUCGGACUCGACGUCCCUGGCCUCGAAAAACCAUGGCCGCUUUAUUUUCGGUGAUGCUAGUCCGCAAUUCUCCUUCCCACUUGCGGCCUAUAACGGUCUGGAGUUCGAAGAUGCUGUAGACGAGGAAGGGAAGUCGCGCGGACUCGACUUGGUUCGUCGGGCUCCGGCUGGCGUAUCGUCCUUAGGCAAUAAUCAGUAUCAACAGAGUACGAUCAAGAUGGGCGCGACCGAGUGGUGGUAUUUCCCGGUGAAUAGUGAUGGGACCAACAGCACCUCUGAGAAUGAGAGUCGUGACCUUUCGAAACGUUCGACAACCGUCUACCUAUCCCUAACGGCCUGCUCGAAGCCCAGCCUCAACAGAACAGAUUCCACCACCACAGCUGCCGUACCACAGCUGACUGUCUAUGCAUCCGAGUCGGUACAGAAACCGGGGCCCGACAAACCCGCUUCGAACCAGACAGCACAAUCGGCGGAGGAAGGCUACAUGGGCAUGGUCCUGUCGGUGGAUAGGGAUGUCUACAUCGGAGUGACAGCCCCCAAUAGCACUGAAUACUCCGGGUCUUUCACCUACCAGCUUGCAGCCUCGACCGAUGCUUAUUUCCACAGCGUUGACGACACGGAUCAGUUUCUAUUCCUAGUCGAUUCAGACACUAAUGCAGCGCUUCUGACGACGAAAAACCUCACCACUACCGAUCUCACACCGCAGAAUUACAGCCACUGGAUGGAUAGGACGCCUCCAUACACAAUGUUCGCGAAUAACCUCAAUAGCACCUCCAUAUCGGGUCUGGAACGGUCAUAUUGCGCCCUCGAUCAGCUUGCGCAAAUCGGGAAAAGCAACGUUGAGACAAGCAUGACUACUCGGGGCUCAGUGGUCAGACCGACGGAGCAGUUCUAUAUCACCGGCCUCAACCGGACCUCUACUUACUACGGGAUCAUGGCGCGGAAUGGCAAUUCCACCAGCGCGGGGAAUGGGAUCAUAGGAGGUGGCGGCAAAGUCUGGCCGCGCAUGAACUUCACAACCAAAACAGAUGACAAUUGCGCCGUCGUCUAUGACCUGCCAUUUUGCUCCGAAGUCGCCUACGCUGUGCCAUCCAAUCCAUCCGUGAACAUGACAGAACUCCGAAAAAUUUACGACGACAAUGCAGCUUCUUUGUAUCAGAACUUCAAUUACUCCAUGCAACAGGUCCAAUGUAAUACCUCAAGCGAGAACAUGUUCUCGCUCGCCGUGACCUGCGAUUCCUGCGCCGACGCAUACAAGCAGUGGCUUUGUGCCGUGACCAUUCCCCGAUGCGCGGAUUUCUCCAGCGACGCCACCUUCCUCCAGAUUCGAAACGCGGGCCAAGCUUUCCUCAACGGCACCUCUAUCACCAAUUCAUCCCUCUUGGACAAACCUGCAACUAACCGAUCCCGCAACCCUCUAAUAGACAAGGAUAUCCGCCCAGGGCCAUAUAAGGAGGUACUCCCCUGCCUAGAUGUCUGCCACAGCUUGGUCAGGAACUGUCCAUCUAUUCUCGGCUUCAGCUGUCCAAUAGGCCAAUGGGCCAACGUCUCAUACGGCGUACGAGACCCCAACGGUGACAUCACAUGCAGUUACCUCGGGGCCGCAUACUACCUGAAUGCCGUUUCCAGUGUGCACGAAAGCGUCUGGAUCUCCCUUUACAUGGUGAUAGGGAUCUGGACGUUAUUCUGGGUCCUCGGCUAGGCCAAUCCGAUCCAGGUUAUGUUUACUUUUGGCUGUCUGCAAUGACAGAUAGAUCGCCUGCUCUAUAGUGUUUAGUUGUGACGCCCGACCAGGGAGGCCUGGAUGGCACGAAAAGUUCACACUCCUAUACGGCAAGGCCAAUAGAUACCCGCUUGCUCUGAACUUGUUACCCUGACGAUACGGUAUAUAACCUCGUGCCUAUUUGUGUUAUGUCAUUUAUAGGUGCAAUAUCUCUGGACGCCAGGGGUCUGUCAGAUUCUUUUACAUAUAGACUCAGGCCAGAAUGGCAUGCGCUCGUGAUUUGUGAUAUUGUUUAG